AUAAUGUAUAAAUCAAUGAACAUAUUAAAUAAAAGAGUAAUAUUCAAUAGAAAAAUAUUCAUUAGAAAAAUAGCGGGCAGUGAAACAGCUGUUUUUUGAAUGAUGAGACAUCUAGUGGAAUGCGUAUACAUAUGCAAUAGCAACGAAUGGACAAAAUGCACGAUACGGAACUGAUCGCACUUGUACUUAGAAGAGCUGAUUAAGAAACCAUGGCAGCUGGUUGUUGUGGAACGAAAAAGCAAAAACUAAAUGAUUCCACUAGUGUUCCGCGUAACAAUACUGUAAGUUUACAAAAUAGUAUUCAUAUGCGGAAUUCUAUAAUAGUUCAACCUGAGAUGGGCUUUUAUUGUUUCGAUGUCCUUUACUGCCAACUGCACCAACUUGAUCCACCAAAACCACCCAACUUCAGUAAUGAAGCUUUCCCUUUAUUUGUAACAUGGACUAUUGGUAAAGAUAUGAGAUUAAGAGGUUGCAUUGGUACAUUUAAUGCAAUGCAUUUACAUGCUGGACUACGGGAAUAUGCUACUACUAGUGCUUUCAAGGACUCAAGGUUUAAUCCAAUAACAUUGGAAGAACUUCCACGUUUACAUGUAAGUGUUUCUAUACUUCGACAUUUUGAAGAUGGAGCAGAUUAUUUAGAUUGGAUAAUAGGGGUUCAUGGAAUUCGUAUAGAAUUUCAUAAUGAAAAGGGCAAUAAACGAACUGCUACAUAUUUGCCAGAUGUAGCAAUAGAACAAGGAUGGAACCAAAUCCAAACAAUAGACUCUUUACUACAUAAAGGAGGCUAUAAGGGGUUAGUUACUCCUGAUAUUAGACGUAGUGUCAAGUUAACUCGAUACCAGAGUGAAAAAGUGACUGUGAGUUAUCAAGAUUAUAUGACACGCUGGCAUGGUCAAAGAUGCUAGCAACUGCCCUGGGGUUCUAUUAAAGGGCCCCUCAUUUGUUAUAUUUCUAACAACAUUGAUAAUUUGAGUACAGAUACAUUUAAUUGUUGUUUGCAAUAUAUUAAUUAUCAAUGCAAUAAUAUAAUGGCCAGUCAAUAUGCAUUCAUUAUAAUAGAAUCUAAUUACUUUUUUAUGACACAAUCAUGUUUAUUCUAUAAUUCAAUAUGUUUUAAUUUUAUCAUCUUAUCUAUACAAAGUUAUCUUUUAUUUUUAUAUACAAAAUUUGUUUGUUUAUCAGUGCAUCAUAAUCAUUAUUGGAGAUGUCUUCCUAUAAAAAAUCAUAGAUUAUGGAAUAUAAAAACAAACAUGGUAUUAAAGACUCAAUUUAAUCUUUUACUAUUUCCAAUGGUGCCUAUUAUAUGCUAUAUUUUAUACUUACUUAUUUUAUAAAAAAAAAAAAUAUUUAUUAACAAAAAUAAUAGGAUUUUGGAUAUAUAGUGGCCUUAUCUUUUCUGAAUUUAAUACUAUUUACAAAUAAGCUACUGAGUAUAAGAGAAUAUUUGUGGAAUUUAAGUUCAAUUGGCAAAUUUCUUCAGUUUUUUUUAUAGCUAGUAUAAAUAUAUUAUUGUUUAGUUUAUACAAGGCGUUAUUGUUUGUUUCAUUCUUU